GACCGUUCUCUUUUUCUGUUUCCUCCUCUGGGUUUAAUCAAACCUAGAUACCCUCUCUCAGUACCAACCAAAUGGAAUCCAUGGAGGCGGUAGCAGCAGAUAACUAUCAAAUCGAUUUGGGUAACCUAAUGGCUUUUGACCUUAAUCACCACUUCCAAUCAGUUCCUUCUGACAGAGAUGAAUUAGCGAAUGAAUGCUUGCAAAGGGGGACUGAGCUAGUUCAAGCAAUUGCUAAUGCUGUUUUUAAUAUACCAACAAGAGAAGAUCUAGAUGGUCCUAUAGUUACUUUGCCUGCACCAACUACCAGGUUGCCCAGGGAAAAGCCGCUUCCAGUGCGCAGACCACCUACAGCUUGGGAGACCUUUGCUAAAACAAAAGGUAUUAAGAACCGCAAGAAAGACAAGGUUGUCUAUGAUGAACAGACUCAUUCAUGGAAGCGUCGCCAUGGUUAUGAUCGUGUGAAUGAUGAUAUAGAUGUUCCCAUCAUCGAGGCCAAGAUGACCGAUGAGCCAGGAGAGGAUCCUUUUGCCAAGAGACAAACAGAAAAGAAGCAGCGUGUUGAAAAGAAUGAGAAGAACCGGUUACGGAAUCUGAAGCAAGCGGCGAAAGUUGGUGCUCUGCCAAGCCAUGUUCAACUUUCAGCAACGUCAUUACCUAUUACAGGAACUCAAUCUGUACAAAAGAAAGUUGGUAAGCAUGAGCUAGAAAGUGUCGCGGGUAUGGCAGCAACUUCAACCGCUAGUGGAGGAAAGUUUGACAAAAAACUACCAGGAGAAAAACCCCCAAAGCAUCCUGGCAAGUUCCGAAAGUUUCUCCCCGUUGCUGAAGGAAAAGGAAUGGGCUCUUUGGAGAGGGAGCAGACUGAUAAAGUUCUCAACAAGCUCUUUUCCAAGCACUCUCAUGAAAUAUUUGACGUGAACAAGGCUGUCAACAUUUACAACGAUAAGAAUGAGAAGAAAAAGAGGAGUAAGAAGCAGGAUGGGAAAGCAUCGCCAUAUGCAAACAAGUUAAAGCCAGCAUCAGGGAAAUCGUUUAAGAAAUCGUCAUCAAGUGGAUCAUCUAAAAAAUCACCAGGUAAAGGAUCGUCUAAAAAAUCAUCGUUCAAGAAAACUUCAUCAAAAGGUUCAUCGAAAUAAAUCUGAAGGUUUUUAUUAACAACAAUGAAAUGUAAUGCUAUGAGUAUGAGAGGUGAAAUGUGUGUCAAAAGCAUAAUUUAUCUUAUGUUUAACGUUCUUUUUUCAUUAGCUGGUUGUAUCUUUUUGGUAGAAGUUCUUUUACUUUGGAAGAAUACAUCUGGCUUUCUUAUGGAUCCCUUUUUGCGAAAAUUUUGUAUUUCAGCCUAAGUUGAUGAAGCAAAAUACUUGUCUCAACAAAAGUAAUCUAGAAACAAACAUUAGAAAUUGUAUUAAUUUCAUUGAGAAAUUCUCUUUC